AGAGAGAGAGAGAGAGAGAGGGAGGGAGAUCUCCAGGGCUGGGCCGGGCUCCAAAACCACUACGCAGUUAGGAGAAAGAGCUAAUCUCCACCCCGGAGCUCAGAGGCUGACUUUGACCGGACGGUUCACUCUGGUCACUGGGAGACUCUGUCCACACGCUCCGCGCCCCGGAGAGGAGAGCGAGGCAGCCUGCGGCCGCCUCGUCCCCGGUCCCGGAACUCACCUGGGCUGGAAGGAAGCCGGCCUUUGGGGCGCAACUCGGACGGUUUUUAUCUGGGAAGUCCAGGCGGACCCCCGGCCCCUGAAGCCGACGGUCUCCCCCGCGACUCCCGCCGACCCCUCACCGUCGACCGCCCGGAUCUCCCCGUCUCCCUCCGCAGUUGUCGAGAUGCGCGUGGCGGUGAUCGGGGCCGGGGUCAUCGGGCUGUCCACCGCCCUGGCCGUCCACCAACGCUUCCACGCCUCCAUGCCGGCUCUGCAGAUCGAAGUCUACGCGGACCGCUUCACCCCACUGACCACCAGUGACGGGGCAGCGGGCCUGUGGCAGCCUUACCUCUACGACCACGGCAACGUGCAGGAGACGGCCUGGAACAGACAGACGUUCGAUUACCUUCUGAGCCACCUCACAUCCCCGGAGGCGGAGAAAAUGGGCCUCUUCCUUCUCUCCGGCUACAAUCUGUUCUCGGCCCCCGUCCCGGAUCCCUCUUGGAAGGAUGCCGUUCUGGGAUUUCGGAACCUGACGCCUAAAGAGCUUGAGCUGUUCCCCGGAUACAGCUAUGGGUGGUUCAACACGGCCUUGAUCCUGGAAGGGAAGAGCUACCUGCCCUGGCUCACCAAACAGUUAACCCGACGAGGAGUCAAGUUUUUCCUGAAGAAAAUCAAGUCCUUUGAGGAGGUGGCCAGAGCCGGGGCCAGAGCCGGGGCGGACGUGAUCAUUAACUGCACGGGAGUGUGGGCCGGGGAGCUGCAGCCCGAUAGAGAACUGCAGCCGGGUCGGGGCCAGAUCAUCAAGGUUUUUGCCCCUUGGCUGAAACAUUUCAUCAUCACGCACGAUCCAGACGGCGGGAUCUAUAAAUCCCCCUACAUUAUUCCCGGGAGCCAGACGGUGACCCUGGGAGGGAUCUUUCAGCUGGGAAACUGGAGCGAAGCCAACAGCCCCGAGGAUCACCAGACCAUCUGGAACGGCUGCUGCCAGCUGGAACCCACUCUGCAGGACGCCAAGAUCGUGGGUGAAUGGAGCGGGUUCCGGCCUGUACGUUCCAGAAUUCGGCUGGAGAGGGAGAAGCUGGACCACGGACCCUUCCGGGCAGAGAUCAUCCAUAACUACGGCCAUGGGGGCUACGGACUGACCAGCCAUUGGGGCUGCGCUCUGGAGGCUGCCGAGCUCUUUGGGCAGAUCCUAGAAGAAAAGAAGUCGACCGGGCCCUUUCCAUCCCACCUCUGAAAGACCCCCCGACCCCCAGGGAGAGCUUAACCCACCCAUCUCAACUAAUCAAGUAGCCGACCCAAGUGGUUUCAUCCUCAAGACUCUUGAUGCUGGGAAGCGAGAUGCGGGCCAGAGCUGGGACGUGAGGAUAAAGGCCAGCCUAUGGGGCUGCCUCCGGCACAGGGUGGGACCCGGGGCCAAACAGCUGCCCCACAAAGUCCCCUUUGGCUGGUUGCGCUGAGGAGUCAGUCGCUCGUAUUUAUUGAGCGCCUACUCUGUGCAGGGCACUGUACUGAGCACUUGAGAGCGUACAAUAGAACAAUAGAACAGAUUCGUUCCCUGCCCAUGAUGAGCUUACAGUCUAGAGGGGGAGACAGACAUUAAUAUAAAGCAGGGUCCCGAAGUGUAAGCUGUAGGGCUGACUAACCCAUGCCGGUUUCCCUCGUUGCGGCCAUCCAACGUGGCCUAUUGGAUAGAACGUUGGCCCGGGAGUCAGAAAGACCUGGGUUCUAAACCCGGCUCUGCCCCUUGUCUGCUGGGUGACCUUGGGUAAGUCACUUUGACUGGAAACACUCGGGACUUGUCGGAGGCCUGGGAUGGGCGAGGCCGGGGUCCACCUGGGGCAGAUUCGGGGCCCAUCGCCCCCACAGAGUGGACGCUGAAAAAGCCAGAGCUUCCGAAGCCGGGUCCUGGAAUCAGCCCACCCUGGCGGAAGUGCACUCCGAGGCCCCAUCGCUGGAGAAAGUGUUUCACGGGGAACACGGACUCCCUCAAAGCUCCCUCUGGUCUGAACUUAAAAAAAAAAAAUCGAAACGUUCUUUCAGGUCCCUCCUUCCCCAGUUAACGAUAGCAAACGGGCCCCUAGGUGCUUUCAAAAACACAUCAGCGGAAUCUGAUCCACUUUACCCUCCCAGCUUAAGCUGUAACCAUUGAUCGACCGAUUUUUCCUCAACGAGUCUCAAUCACGCUCAAUAAAUACCGUUGAUUGACUAAUUGAUUUUUUUUUCAGUGAGUCACAGCAGGAGUAGUAAUAAUAAGAAUGAUGGAUUUCGCUGAGCCCUUGCGGGGAACGGAGAAUCGUGAAAGACAAGGAAGCUGCUCUCGACCUUCACGGUAUCUCUUCUGCUUCCCUGGUUACGUCUGCUCCGAUUCGGUUCAAGAAUAAAUUCACCCAGAACCACCUGUAAAUCCA